CCUGCAGCAACAACAACAAUAACAACAACUUGCUUACGAUGGCCGACACUACCCUUCUCAAGGCAGCCAUCCUAGUGGUAUCUGACACCGCUUCCAAAGAUCCGUCAACCGACAAGGUUGGCGAUGCUCUCACAAAUGUCUUUUCGACCGCGGGCUCGAACACCUGGGACCAGCCCAUCAUCAAGAUUGUCCCAGAUGAUGUGCUGGAGAUCCAACGUGCUAUUUGUGGCUGGACAGAUGGACCAGAUUGGGUGAACUUCAUUUGUGUCAGUGGGGGCACAGGUUUUGCAUCCAAGGACAUAACGCCUGAGGCCGUCUCACCUCUCAUCCACCGCCAUGCCUCCGGCCUUGUACACGGCAUGCUUGCUGCAUCUUUAAAAGUCACACCGUUUGCCAUGAUGUCGAGACCCGUUGCCGGCGUGCGUGACAAAACCUUGAUCGUGACCCUGCCUGGUUCUCCCAAAGGGGCCAAAGAGAACCUGGAAGCAAUCAUUAAGCUUCUUCCCCACGCAUGCAGCCAAGCAGCUGGUGCAAAUUCUCGAGCUCUUCAUGCAGGUGGCAUCAAAAAGCUAGAGGCUGACGCAGGAGUGUCUUCUUCUUCUUCUCCUCCUCAGCCAGCCAGUCACGCUCAUCACCAUCAUCACCAUCACGACCACAGCCACGGUCACUCCCAUGGCCACGCCAUACCCAGAGCACAUACCAAUCCCUCCGAACGGCCACAGUCUAACGACCCGAAUGCAGGGCCAAACCGUCGUUAUAGAGAAUCCCCAUACCCGAUGCUCUCUGUUGAUGAAGCACUCAAGCUUAUCAGCGAGCACACGCCCGAACCCAACAUCAUCGAGGCCCCCGUAACCACAGCUAUAGUCGGGUCUGUGGUCGCCGAGGAUAUUUACGCAGCCGAAGCGGUUCCGGCAUACCGAGCCAGCAUCGUUGACGGAUACGCUGUGAUUGCUCCCGAAACACCCAACUCCGGCCCCAACACCCGCGGUAUUUUCCCUGUAGCCUCGAUCACGCAUGCCAACGAGGGCGGGACACUCACUCCCCUGGAGCCUGGGACCAUUGCCCGCAUCACCACCGGCGCUCCACUGCCCCCGAACGCCAACGCGGUUGUCAUGGUUGAAGAUACCGUUCUCGCCAGCUCCACUCCCGACGGACUAGAAGAAGCGACGGUCGAGAUCCUUACCUCCGAGAUCCAACCCGGCGAGAAUGUUCGCGAGCCCGGCAGCGACGUCGCCCUGGGCUCCCUCAUCCUCCGCCAGGGCGACCUCAUCACCUCCGUCGGCGGUGAGAUCGGCCUCCUAGCAGCCACAGGCACACGGACGGUCAAAAUCUACCAGAAGCCGCGCGUGGGCGUCCUCAGUACUGGCGACGAACUCGUUGAACACAACGACCCGCGCAAGCUCACCGGCGGGCAGAUCCGGGACUCGAACCGCCUCUCCCUCCUUAGCUGCCUCACCUCCUGGGGCUUCCCCACCGUGGACCUGGGCAUCGCGCGCGACACGCCGGCUGGCGAACUCGAACAGCACCUCCGCGAUGCCCUACGUGGUGUCGGCACCGCGCAGCACAGCGUCGACGUCAUUAUCACUACCGGUGGCGUCUCCAUGGGCGAGCUGGACCUCCUCAAACCGACCAUCGAACGCUCCCUCGGCGGCACCAUCCACUUCGGCCGCGUCUCGAUGAAGCCCGGUAAACCAACCACUUUCGCCACCGUGCCCUUCAAACCUUCCUCCUCCGGCGCCGCGCAGCAGGGCCAGCAGCAGGAACGCCACAACAAACUCAUCUUCGCCCUCCCCGGUAACCCGGCUUCCGCCCUGGUCACCCUCAAUCUGUUCGUUUUGCCGUCGCUGCACAAACUGAUGGGUAUGGGCCGGAGGCAAGGGGCAGGGUCUGUUGCACCAGUACCCUCCCCGUCAUCGCUGGGCUUGCCGCUGGUGUCGGUCACGCUGGCGCAUCCGUUCCCUGCGGACCCGAAACGCACCGAUUAUCACCGGGCGGUUGUCACGGCAUCCAGGUCGGAUGGGCGGUUGUACGCCACAAGUACCGGGGUGGAGGGGGUGGGCCAGCGGAGUUCCAGGGUAGGUAGUCUGGCCAGUGCAAAUGCGUUGGUCGUGGUUCGGCCUGGAAGGGGGAAGGUGGACGAGGGGGCUUUAGUGGAAGCGCUGAUGCUGGGGUCAGUUGUGGCGGGUGUUUGAGUCGUGGUAGGCUGUAGGACAUCAUGUAUACUGGAUGCCAAAAUGGAUUUGACUUAAUCAUUAGUCCUAAAACAUGAAGACUAAGCAACUCUUGUCGAUAGGGCCGAUCCUGGCCUUUGUUUGAAACGCUUCACACGAGUUCAAAAUUACUAUAAUUGCAGGAAG